GUAAACUCUGUCGUUUUCCUCAGUCAGAGAGACACAGAGAGAGAAAGAGAGAAGAAGAAGCACCUCUCAUGGCGAACCAGCUUCUUCACCAUCUUCCGAUUCCUUUUCCUCUCCACCGUCACUUCUACCUCCUAAACGCCGCCGUUUUAUAGCUUCUCCUCCCGAAAAUGCUAAACCCACAUUCCUCAAAUCUCUCACCGACGCUUUUUUAGGUUAGUUUCGAACUCAAGAACUAAUCUUUUGUGUUUUGUAAUGUCUAAUCGACUUAAACAAUUAAUGGGUACUUCUCAUUUUCGUGUAUUUUUCAAUUAUUGCUUGAAAGAUUUGAGCUUUAACAAGACCAAAAAAAAAAAAAAAAGUCAAGAUUUUUAUUUUAGUUUAUAGAUCAUUUUUUCAUGAUGUGGAUACAUUUCUUUUCUCAGCUUUACUAAAAAUUUUCAUUUUUGUGACAUUUUUGUGACAAAUUGACUUUAUUUAGUUUGGUGGGUCGGCAGGCAAAAAAAAACGUUGAAGAUUCGUGUAGAUUGCUUUCACUUUAUUAGCUUACUAAAUGUUUUCACUUUUUUAGCAACUUUUUUUCCCACAAAUCUUUAUAUGUCCGGAAAGGUACGGUUAGUGUUUUCUUACAAGAACUUGAGAAUUGGAUCAUUACUUUUUUUGUUUUGUUUGUUUUAUCUUCAUUUGUUACUUCAGAUUCUUGUAGAGGAAGAGAAUAUUUUUAAGGAGGUUGUUUUCGAUGGAGCAUUACGAGGUUCUUGAGCAAAUUGGGAAAGGUUCUUUUGGGUCAGCUCUUCUUGUGAGGCAUAAACAUGAGAAGAAACUUUAUGUUUUGAAGAAAAUUCGGUUAGCUAGGCAGACUGGUAGAACAAGAAGGUCUGCUCAUCAAGAGAUGGAAUUGAUCUCAAAGAUAAGGAAUCCAUUUAUUGUGGAAUAUAAAGAUUCUUGGGUUGAGAAAGGUUGCUAUGUGUGCAUUGUCAUAGGCUAUUGCAAAGGCGGUGACAUGGCCGAAGCAAUAAAGAAAGCCAACGGCGUAGAGUUCUCUGAAGAGAAACUCUGCAAGUGGCUGGUACAACUCUUAAUGGCUCUUGAAUACUUGCACGCCAGUCACAUUCUCCAUCGCGAUGUCAAGUGUUCAAACAUAUUCUUGACAAAGGAUCAAGAUAUACGCCUAGGUGAUUUCGGACUUGCGAAGAUCUUGACAUCUGAUGACCUUGCUUCUUCAGUGGUUGGAACGCCGAGCUACAUGUGCCCUGAGCUUCUUGCUGAUAUUCCCUACGGGUCAAAGUCGGACAUUUGGUCGCUGGGUUGUUGUAUGUAUGAGAUGACGGCGCUGAAACCGGCAUUCAAAGCCUUUGACAUGCAAGGUCUGAUCAACAGGAUAAACCGGUCCAUCGUUGCUCCACUUCCUGCGCAAUAUUCUACCGCCUUUCGCAGUCUCGUUAAAAGCAUGCUCAGGAAGAAUCCAGAACUCAGACCAAGCGCUUCUGAUCUUCUCAGACAGCCACUACUUCAGCCCUACGUUCAAAAGGUUCUUCUCAAGCUGAGCUUCCGGGAACACGAUACAUUGCCAUCUGAAUCCGAAAGGAGAAGUAGCUAUCCUCAGCAGAGAAAGCGUACUUCUGGCAAAAGUGUGAGCUUCGGUCCAAGCAGGUUCGGUGUUGACCAAGAAGAUUCUGUUUCUUCUGUUAAACCCGUGCACACGUAUUUACACCGUCACAGGCCAGUGGAUUUGUCUGCAAAUGACACUAGUAGAGUGGUUGUUCGUAGACCCGCUGUUUCUUCAGUGGUUUCUAACAGUUCAAAAUAUGUGCCAGUGAGAUCAAACCAGCCUAAGAGUGGUGGUCUGCUGAAACCUGCGGUAGUGACUCGUAGGGCCUCCUUACCUAUCUCACAGAAACCUGCAAAAGGAACAAAAGACUCUCUAUACCACCCGAACAUCGGUAUACUCCAUCAGCUAAAUUCUCCAGAUGUGUCAGUAAACUCGCCAAGAAUCGACAGGAUCAAGUUCCCGUUAGCUUCAUAUGAAGAAAUGCCUUUCAUUCCCGUUGUUCGCAAGAAGAAAGGAUCGUCCAGAGGAUCAUACAGCCCGCCUCCAGAGCCACCACUAGACUGCUCAAUAACAAAAGACAAAUUCACACUUGAACCAGAACGAGAAACCAAAAGUGAUUUGUCUGAUCAAAAUGCAACUGCUGGAGCAUCAAGUAGAGCUUCCUCAGGUGCAUCAAGAAGACAAAGAUUCGACCCUAGCUCAUAUCGACAACGAGCUGAGGCACUUGAAGGACUACUUGAAUUCAGUGCAAGAUUACUUAUAGACGAGAGGUACGAUGAGCUGAACGUGUUACUAAAACCAUUUGGUCCGGGAAAGGUAUCGCCAAGAGAAACCGCGAUAUGGUUGUCUAAAAGCUUCAAGGAAAGUAGUCCUAGUAACUUGGAAGAAGAUUGAAAAACAGGGUUUUAACUCCUUAAAAGUUUUUGAGAGCAUGACGUUUCCACGAUUUGAUAGAUAAAUUGUUUGACUCUUAGGCUGUGUUCUUUGAAGCUAACUCCUGUAUCUGAUACAAUGAGACCAAAAUAUACAGCUUUCUAUUCUCUAUGUAAUCCUUUAUUCAGUCUGAAACAAAAAACAUUUAUGAACCAACCACAUUGUUCAAGUAUAUGAGGUAUAAAGUUG